AUGGCCAGGGGCCCGCAGGCCCGGCACCGCCCCGCGGUCCCCGGCCGCGCCCUGCGCGCUGUGCUGCGCUGCAACCUGCCACCAGGCGCCCAGAGCGUGGUGGUCUUGGCCGUGCUGGCGCUCCUCGUCCUCAUCAACGUCGUGCUGAUGAACAUUGUUCGAGGGUGGCGGGAGCGUGUGCUCCUUAAGGGCUCUGAGACCCCAGUUACCCCUUGCUUGGCUCUGAUUGGCCGCCUUGCCUGCAGCUGGGUGAACCAGGACAAGGAGCUGAGGGCGGGGGAUGGCGGAGCCCAGGCUGGGAGCAGCCGCAGGGACCAGAUGCGCACCAUCGUCACCAAGGGGAUCCUGCGCACAGCGUGGGACUACAUCAAGCACCCGGGAGACAUCUGCAAGCAAGCAAAAUUCCACAUCUACUCAGAAUAUUGCAACCACCCUGACGUCUGCAUGGAACUCCGGCUCACCAAGCUCAGCAGGGACAUGUCCUUCUUCGAGGCCUGCCGGCUGGUGCCGAAGACCAUCAGCAUCUCCCCGGACGGCUUCCAGCUGACCUCAGUGCAGAUCUGCAAGUACGAGCUGCAGCUGGCCAGGCUGCUCAAGGACACCCACCCCCAGCACAGGGAUUUCAAGGGUGUGGAAGCUGCUUUACAGGCCAUGAAGGACGUGGCCCGACUCAUCCAUAAACGGAAAUGGAGACUUGAAAACACCGACAAGAUUGCGAAGUGGCAGAACUCCACAGAGAACUGGAAGGGGGAAGAUCUCCUGGUCAGGAGCUCUGAACGCAUCUACUUGGAGGAGCUGAAUCAAGUUACACAGCCACAGGCCAAGGAUCAGCAGAGAAUGUUUUCUUUCUUUGACCACCAAUUCAUCUACUGUAAGAAGAACCUUCUAUGCCAGGAUGUGCUGUACUACAAGGAAUGAGUGGACAUGGGUGGCUUGCCGGUGGUGGAUCUGGAGGACGGGAAGGACAGAGUCCACACGAGCAUCGAGAAUGCCUUCCAGCGGCACUGUGGAGCCAUGAGAGAGAACUGCCUGUUGUGUGCCAGGAAGACUGAGCGGACGCAGCACUGGCUCGGCUUUGCUAGGGAGAGGGAGCAGGUGCAGCUGCACAGAGACAGAGGCUUCCCCACUGAGCUGCAGAGGAAGCAGACCAUGAUGAAUGCCACCAAGCUGCAGGCAGCUGGGAAGCUCAAAGCCCUCGGCCAGCCCUACUACCUGAUGCACCAGAACCACCUGGCACUGCCCACCAGUCUGCCCCGGAAUAGGUCUUGGUGCUGGCAGAGCCCACGUGGGAGCCAUCUACCUACCUUUUGGCACAGCACUAACGGGCUGGUGCCCUUCUGCAAGUGAGCCCAUGCCGCCCAACAGCAAUGCCUGACCUCUGCUCGCUAGCUUCCAGCGUUCCCUCC